CGAGGACUUAGGACCCGUCAGCAGGGCCUGGCGACUGGCGAAUUCUUCCGUCCCCCGGCUAAACUCCCGGGCUGAGAAACUGGUUCCGAACCCAACGGAACCCAGCGCUGGGCGACGCCGGGUCACGUGGCUGGCGGCCUCAUGACGUGCGGGCUGCGAGGCGUCACCGUGACGUUCGGGCGACCUGGCGAGUGGCCCCGGUACCUCCACCACCUGUGCGGUGGCGGUGUCGUCAUGGACCUGGGCCCGAUGCGCAAGAGUUACCGCGGGGACCGAGAGGCAUUUGAGGAGACUCAUCUGACCUCCCUGGACCCCGUGAAGCAGUUUGCUGCCUGGUUUGAGGAGGCUGUUCAGUGUCCUGACAUAGGAGAGGCCAAUGCCAUGUGUCUGGCUACCUGCACCAGAGACGGAAAGCCGUCUGCGCGCAUGGUGCUGCUGAAGGGCUUCGGCAAGGAUGGCUUCCGCUUCUUCACCAACUUCGAGAGUCGGAAGGGAAAAGAGCUGGACUCCAAUCCCUUUGCUUCCCUUGUCUUCUACUGGGAGCCCCUCAACCGGCAGGUGCGUGUGGAGGGCUCCGUCAAGAAGCUGCCCGAAGAGGAGGCUGAGUGCUACUUCCACUCCCGCCCCAAAAGCAGCCAAAUCGGGGCUGUGGUCAGUCGCCAGAGUUCUGUGAUCCCCGAUCGGGAGUAUCUGAGAAAGAAAAACGAGGAACUGGAGCAGCUCUACCGAGAACAAGAGGUGCCAAAGCCAGAGUACUGGGGUGGCUAUAUCCUGUACCCGCGAGUGAUGGAGUUCUGGCAAGGCCAAACCAACCGUCUGCAUGACCGGAUCAUCUUUCGGCGGGGCCUUCCAGCGGGAGAUUCCCCUUUGGGGCCCAUGACCCACCGUGGGGAGGAAGACUGGCUGUAUGAGAGACUUGCCCCCUGACUCCCCCUGACUCCCAAUCCGCUGGUGUCAACUGGAGCUGGGGCCGGGUGCUAAGAGAAGGUGUGGGGUCGCCAGCGGGACCCUUCUGAACUCAGCCCGAUUCCCUCCCCACCCCUUACAUUUAAGGCGCUUCAGAGCUCAGGCUCCGAAUUGUGUAUUUUCAGUCGGCUCUCAGGUAGAUAUUCUAGUGGAGCGUAAACAGUGACGUCGAGAAUCACAAAUGGAAAAGAAAAAUCCCAUAAUUAUUUUCUUGACCUUGAAUGUGAUUUAUUGGAAUGGCUCCCUCUAGAGGUAGUAGCUGGUGUGAUUCCCUUUUCUGGUGACACUGGGUGGGCCCCCCUGCGGCCUUGUCUGUUAGGGUGUGACUGAGUCAUACUGCCCGAAGCUGACUGGUUCCAGCAUUAGCACCUGAGCCAAUCUAGCCGAUCCUUUUUUCUUGUCAACAAUUUGAAAUUUGAAAUGGAGAGACCCAGAGUAUGACAGGCGUUGUAGCUAAGUCCUUAAUGGCAGCCAAGAAGCAACAGCCCGCAGCUGCUACUCUUGUAGUUCCCUGAGUGACCUUGGAUCCCUCCGUGCCACGUCUGGGCUGUGUAACUCCUCCUGCCUCAAAACACCCAUUCUCCCUGUUUAAAAAAAAAAAAAAAGUUUUUGGCUUAAACUAGCCAGAAUCAAUUUCUAUUGCUUGCAACUAAAGGAAACUUCAUGAACUUACUAAUAGGAUAUUUUUAUAGCCCUGUACCCUACUGAUAUCUGCCUCCCGGUAUCUGAGGCACAGCAGUGUGGAAAAGAGAUUAAAUGUGUUCUCUGCAGCUCCAAAGGACCCAGAGGUGGGAGUUGCAUGGACGUGGGUUGCCUCUCUCAGUUUGGGGAGAGACUUCAGACAACUAGGACUGCCUAAGAGGGAGUGGGCUGUUAGGUAGCAAGUGUCUCUAGAAGCACUCGAUCCUGUGUAGUCAGGAGUUUUAUAGAAGGGAAUCCUGUGCUGGUUACCUGUGAGCCAGGCAGAUUUCAAUAAAGCUUUACUUUCCAUG